AUGAUCUUGCAGCAGGCAUUAGCCAUCUCCAGUCGUCCAUUGAUGGCAGAUGCCCGUUCAGAGGCCGUCCGUCACGGCAUUCUCGUAGAGGAUAACUUUGAUCGGUUCGUUACCGUCAGGGCUUCUACUGGUGCGUUAUAUGCGGAGAUGCGUGAGGGAUUACUGAGUGACGAAACGAGCUUUGCUAGUAGACCGCUUGUAGACUACUUAAAACGUUUGUCCCAGUUCAUUCCUUCCAGUCCAUUUUUUGAUGCGCUUUGCCCUAGGCUCGGUUGUGAAGUCUUCCUCCAUAUCCUCAAGAACUGCAUCAAAGCGCCAAAGUUGCGCACUGUGACGCUCUGCGUUUUUUCAGCGUUCCAAGUUUUUCAGCCCCCCGGGAUUUCCAUUGAGGUUGGAAGCUCUGAGUCCUCCCCGUCGAGGCAGAUGCCAACGCAGGCUCUACGGCACAACAGAAGAGGAUAUUAG